GCAGAAGGAACAGUCAAGUUUGAGACAAUCAAUUGACAUUUUGCAAAUGCAGUAUAUACGUAAUGGUAAUCAGAUAUUUUCAAAAGAUAUUCUGUAAUUUUCUUCUCAAAUACACUUGUGUUCUCGUUCACUACAUCACAAUUACCACUAACAAAUGCAUAAACAUACAUCAAACCAAAUUUUAACUACUGAUAAUGACAAGUUGUAUACUUUUGAAUUUGAUAAUAAAAUGAAGCCGAACCAUAGUGACAAUGAUAAUGUUGAUGAAGUGAUUCAUUAGUGCUUCUGAAUUAAAAAUGCACAGUACAAUGAAUAAAUUAAUUCAGACGAAUCCCAAUUAAUUUUACUAUUUCACUUGAUAUUCUGUAAAAAUUCACAUUGAAAGUGAACGAUACAUUGACUCACAUUUAUUACCAGUUCAUACAGCAUACACAAUAUCAUCAUCUCAGUGAACAAUAUUGAAAUGUUAUUGUCAAGUGAAUCUUGGACUAAAGUAUUCAUCCUGUGCAAUUGUAGUUUUGUAGUGUUCGGUGUUGUUCUGUUAACACUCGGAAUUCAACCACAAAUCACAUUAAAUCAAUUCAGAACUAUACUACAAAAUGCGAAACCAGAGAUCUUCCUGGUUGUCAGUAUUUCAGGAGGUCUCGAUGUACUAGGAUCAUUUGUUGGCAUUUAUGGACACUCGAAGAAACAGAAAGUGAUCAUAUAUAUGAACAUUUUCGUUUUGUUUAUCGUGACUUGUGUGUGGAUCGGUAUGGCAUUUAAAGUAGCUUUAACGGAAGACAGGUUCCCUACGUUAGCUAACAGCUCACUAAGUUCUGUUGUUAAAGAAUAUGAGAAACGAGUUGAUUAUCGAAUGGAGUUUGAUGAAUUACAAAAAAGUGUAAUUUAUAAUCAAAUGCAAAAUUCUGAUGACCUCUUUUCUGUAGUUUUAUUGCUGUGGAGCGUCAUCGUACAAAGACUAUCCAUAUCCAGAUAGAACUAAGAUAUCACUAUUACCUUCUUCAUGUAAAUACGACAAAUUCGCAUAUCCUAAAGGAUGUGUAUCAGCGAUAAUUGAAUAUACACAAACUUAUCUAAAUAUCAUCAUGUAUCUAUGUUUCACAUUCGGGAUUAUUCAAGCGGUCUACUUGAUAUUGUCAUUUCUGAGGAUACGUAAAUUUGAAGGUGACGAUUUUCUAUCUGCAUAAUGGUCUUAUUGAGAUCAAAUGUUGAGAAGAUAUUCAAU